AUGACAAUGAAAGGCCUGUCCAGCAGCCGUAGUCACCACCACACAGUGACCUGCGACCCCUCCUACGACUCCAUGACCCUGGGGCACUCGGACCGUCGCUCCUACUUCCUCAACCCUGCGGAGGCUCAUCCUGCUGACCACCCCUGCUACACGCAGCGCAACUCCUUCCAGUCUGAGUGCAGUGCCUACCCUGAUCUGGCCAGCUGCACCUUCCCUCGCAGACAUUACAGCUCUCACCAUGAGCUGAAGGAGGAGUGUGGCGCUGUGGUGCCUUAUACAGGGCCAACAGGGAGCAGUAAGGGAAGCGGAGGAGGUGGUGGAAACAACAAAAGCCUCCCUUCUAACCUGCUGGAGCAGUUUGAGCGGCAGGCGCCUGUACGGCGUGAAGGCUACCACACGCUGCAGUACAAGCGCACUGCAGUGGAACACCAACGUAGUGACAGCCCUGGUCGAAUCCGCCACCUUGUUCACUCUGUCCAGAAGCUUUUCACCAAGUCUCACUCUCUGGAGGGGCCAUCAGGGUCUGGUGGGGGAGGAAGCGGGAGGAUGAAUGGCAGCAAAUCCAGCCCCGAUGACCCUCCCUCUUCUUCUGGCACCCUGAAGCACAGUAAGCGCAGUAAGAGCAAGGACCGCUCAAAGUCGGAGCCAAAGAUGCGCACCGCCAUCUCAGGCUACUGGAGCUCAGACGACACGCUCGACCGGGAGGUGUGCCUCUACCACCACCACCACGGGGGCAGCAGUGGAGGCCUGCCCUCUGGGGUCAUGACCAUGGGUCGCCACCCGGACAAAUCCCAGUCGCAGUACUUCAUGGAGUCCUACAACACCAUCAGCGCCCACUCUCUCAAGACGUCGCGCAGCAACAACGAUGUGAAGUGCUCAACGUGCUCUGGGGGCGGCGGCAGCGCUAUGCCGCUGGUGGGCGCCCUGGACGGCCAGCUGCAGCUGAAGAAGAGCUCGUGGUCUUCAACUCUGACGGUGAGCAGAGCAAGAGAGGUCUACCAGAAGGCCUCAGUCAACCUAGAUAAAGCUCUAGUGAAAGCCGAGCAGGGACGCACCUGCCACUUCCUACAGGUGCCUCAGGAUGACUGGAGCGGGUUCUCUCCGCUGGGGAAGGACGACGAGAUCCCGUGCCGGCGGAUGCGCAGCGGCAGCUACAUCAAGGCCAUGGCAGAGGAAGACAGCGGCGACUCGGACUGCAGCCCCAAACCCUCACCUAAGGUCCAGGCACGACGAGCCAGCUACCUGAAGGCCACACAGCCGUCCCUCACAGAGAUGACCACGCUCAAGAUUUCCACGGAGCACUCGCCAAAGCUACAGAUCCGGAGUCACAGCUAUCUGCGGGCGGUGAGUGAGGUUUCCAUCAAUAGAAGUCUGGACAGCUUGGACCCGGCAGGGCUGCUGGCCUCGCCUAAAUUCCGCUCCCGAAACGAGAGCUACAUGAGAGCCAUGAGCACCAUCAGCCAGGUGAGCGAGGUGGAGGUGAACGGGCAGAUCGAGGCCGUGUGUGAGUCAGUGUUCAGCGAGAUGGAGUCGCAGGCGGUGGAUGCCCUGGACCUGCCCAUGCCCGGCUGCUUCCGCAUGCGGAGCCACAGCUACGUGCGUGCCAUAGAGAAAGGCUGCUCGCAGGAAGAGGAGGAGAGGGGCGUCACGGUGGGCAACAGGAGGACCAACUCGCCCCCGCGCACCACCACCACUGUCAGAACCAUCCAGAGCAGCACAGUGUCAUCAUGCAUCACCACCUACAAGAAGACACCUCCCCCAGUCCCACCACGGACCACCCCGUCCAAACCCUUCAUAUCCAUCACGGCCCAGAGCAGCACCGAGUCCGCCCAGGAUGCCUACAUGGACGGGGGCUCCGGCCCGCGGACGGGCAUCAGCUCCCAGCCGGGCCUGUCCAACUCCACGGAGAGCAUCGACAGCAUGAAGGCCCUGACAGCAGCCAUAGAGGCGGCUAACGCUCAGGUGCACGGCCCCGCCAGCCAGCACGUCACCAACAGCACCAUCACCAUCACUGCCACCGCCACCACCUCUGCCGUCGCGCACGUCUCCGCAGACAGCAAGGCGGAGAGGGAAGCGCUCCGCAAGUGCCUCUCCAUAGGGAUCCAGGUGGACCCAGAGGAAGGAGGGCCGACAGAGGAGCAGUCCAAAUUCCAGUCUAUAGGAAUUCAGGUGGAGGAUGAGCGAUGUUACCGCAGGAUGACCCGCUCCAACAGUGUGACCACGGCCGUGCAGGCUGACCUCGACGGCCCCGCAGACACCCCGGAGCUGCCGCCGCGCUACUUUGCCACCAUGCCGCGCCAGCACUCCCGCGACGCCGCCACUUCUACCGUCAGCAUCCAGGGCUCGGGGAACCACUACCACGCAUGUGCCGGCGACGACUACGGGGAGGUGGGGUUCGACCCCUCGAUCCUGCCCCCUCCGGACCCGUGGAUGGACAGCGUGGCCGAGCCAGAGGUGGAGGCCCAGGAGGCCGUCGGCCGGUCGGUGUGCCCCCGCGACGGCCGCUGGUUCCUCAAGUUGCUGCAGGCCGAGACGGAGCGUAUGGAGGGCUGGUGUCGACAGAUGGAGCAGGAUGAGAUGGAGAAUCAGCUGCCCGAUGAGAUCCUGGGGAAGAUCCGCAGUGCAGUGGGGAGUGCCCAGCUGCUGAUGUCCCAGAAGUUCCAGCAGUUCCGGGAGCUGUGUGAGGAGAAUCUGAACCCAAACGCACACCCGCGGCCCAUCUCCCAGGACCUGGCGGGUUUCUGGGACAUGCUCCAGCUGUCGAUUGAGAACAUUAGCCUGAAGUUUGAUGAACUCCACCAACUCAAAGCCAAUAACUGGAAACCUCUGACCCCACCAGAAAUUCAGGAGAGAAGGAUGCCCCCUCCUGUGCCAAAGAAGCCCCUGAAGGGCCACCCUCCCCUGGCUAGGGACCGCUCGCUGGAGAGCUCUGAGCGCCAGCGUCUGGAGGCUCGCAAGCGCCUGCUAGCUGCCAAACGUGCCGCGUCGGUUCGGCAGAGCUCUGCUACCGAGAGCGCAGACAGUAUCGAGAUCUAUAUCCCCGAGGCUCAGACCAGACUAUGAGACACGCAAACACAUGUACCCACACACAUGCCCAAAACACUGUCCCAUCCACACACUAGCACUGAAUGGUAAGGCUUGGGUGCUAACAUAACAUAACAACACUUUUUGCAGACUCAGUCACGAUGGAAGUUGUUUGAACAAGAAAUGUACAUUUACAGUAUUUAUUUAUUUAUUUAUCUUACCCCUCCCCCAAUUAAUUUCCCUCUCCCAGCUUUGAUGUAGCAGUCCCUCCUCUUCAUGUACCUCCACCUGCCCCUCACAAACAAGUAUCUUAUAAACCCCUUUUUUUAAGUGGCCUAAUAUUACAAAGUAAGCCAGGUGUAGCACAGCAGUGAUGUGUUUCAGGUGCUGAGAAUCAGAGGAAAACAGGGAAGGAGCAUGCAUGUCCAUGUGGAGUGGUUGUAUAUACAUGCAAACACACACGAGUGAUGUACUUCAUCUGAUCUGCUCAGAUCAAAUGGAGAGACAAGACCUAUUGACUCUUGUUCAGUUUUAUUUUUGUAUUUGCAAAAUACAAAAUCCUGCGAUCCGGUUCUGAAAAUACCAGGAGCUGAGUUUUUGAUUUGAAAAUAGGAAAAGACCGGGAAACCGCAGAGUCGGUCAGCGACACAGUUCGCCCUCUGGCUGAAAAUGGGUCUUCUCCAGCAUUUUGCUCCUCCAGGUGAGGCCAAGUGGCCACUAAGCCAGGAGCAGAUUCAGAGGUUCUGCAAAGAGUGCAAUUCACUGACAGAAUCACUGUUCGACAAAAAUGCGACAAACCUAAUCUGUGCGAGCGAGAGAGAGAAUGUGUGUGUGUGUGUGUGUGUGUGUGUGUGUGUGUGUGUGUUGUACUUCAGAUGUUCAUUUCAAAAGUGCUUCCUAUUUUUCUAGGUCUAAAGGGUCCUAGUUGUAAUUGAGGAUUAAGGUAGCAGCACCAACAGACUGUAAACACACCACCCAUCUCGUCUCAUUUUAAACUGAGCAAACCACGUUUGUAUAGAAGAACAUACAGUAUGAUGACAUGACACGCAUGCCGACACAAGGUAACUGAUAUUUUUGUCUUUUCUAAACAGGUUUAAUCCUCUCAUGUUGCGUUCAGACUCUUCAGUGUUACCGACAAUGCUAAAAUACUGAUAUUUGGUACAAUACUGGUAGUUGUACUGUAUUUUAUUACGUCAUUUUUAGACAAGAGAGGUUUAUUGACAGUAUUGAGACUAAAGGACUGAAAAGGGACUAUUUUCUCCUCACUGUGUGUGCACUAUCUCUGCCUCCAAAUGAAGCAAUUAUUUGAAGGUCAUACGAUAAAAAAAAAUCCAAUUUGUAAUAUUUUGUAUUCAUGUUUAAUUUAAUUAGGAGAACAAUGACUGUUUCUUGACAUUGUGAUUAUUAUUAUGAUGCACUGACAACAAGGCCCUUAUACUGUGUUUAUGUUUUAUUUAUGUUGGUUCUUUUGCAUGACAGGCACCUUCUUCUUUUCUUUUUCUUUCUUGUCUUUUUCUGUUUCAGUGAUCAGCCUUAAUUUCUAAUAUGAUAGUCGAGCACAACAGCAGUCUCAGGGGAAGAAGUGUGUGUGUGUGAGUGAGAGAGAGAGUGUGUGUGGCUGACUUCAUGUGAGUGCAUGUCACCCAUGGCUUUGUCUCUUACUGUAUAUAACCACAGCUACAAGGAUAGGCCAUGAUGUUAAAGAAGGGAGUCGAGUCUACGCCAUCUUUUCAGUGAUGUUCCUGCCGAACAUCUCCGCCCUAAUCACAUCAAUGUAACAAGGUAUUUCUGUCAGCUGCUUGAAUGUGGAGACAAUCCUGAGCCGGUUUAGCCAUCACGUAAUUGUUUUGAUACCAGAAUUGCAGGACUUUGGUGUCCAGUUCUCUGUAGUGAUCUGAUAAAGUUUUGUGCCAUUGAAUAACUAUAGUUGAGGAUAUAUUCCUGCUAUUUGUCCCUGUUGAACGGCUACCAGAAGUUUUCAAUGAGGGACGCUUGUGAAGGAACUCAAGUGAUGAAGUGACCGUACAGUAUGAUUUCUAUUUCCUUUAGCUGGCCGAUUUGAAGCCUAGAGAGGAUGCAUAAAAGUAACAAUAGUUCAAAUUUAAUGCCAUUUUAUGUAGAUGAAGCUCAUUUUAGUAUUUUUUACUUUGGAAAACUUGUAUUUGAAUUAAAUUGUCUGUCAAAUGAUCGACUUCUUUAUUUAUGUUUAUUAUAUUAACAUAUCAAUAUAAUACUCCUGAUAUAGUGGGGAGUUCGUAACCAGAAUGUUGGAUUGUGGUUAACUGCUAAACUCAAAAGACACUCCAGCAAUCCUGGCAAUUCUGAAGCUUGUGAUGUAGUUAUAUUAAGAGAAAAACAUUCAAAUAAACAUUUGUACAUAAAUGAAUGUUUCCCUAUGUAAAUGUAAACUUAAAAAAACCCCCAAUCAAUUAACAUAUUAAGCAGAUAUACAUUUUGUAAUUAAUGUUAUU